CGCUGCCGACGGAGCAUGGCGGGCCCGAGCAGCGGGGCCCGGUGGCCGCUGCUGCCGCUGCUCCUGCGCCCCCGCCCGCCGCCGCCGCGCAGCAGCCCGGGACCGCCGCGCAGGACCGGGGGCUCGGCGGCAGCGGCGGCGGGGCCGGCGCGGCUGAAGGGACCGGAGGAGCUACCGGGGCCGGGGCUGUUCCGUACUUUCGUCUGGCUGUUCCUGCGGGGCUACCUGCUGCACACGCACCGGCUGCAGGUGAUAUCCCGACGCCUUUAUGGACCUAUCUGGAAGUCAACCUUCGGACAUUAUAGGAACAUCAACAUUGGGAGCCCAGUGGUGCUGGAGCAGCUGCUCCGGCAGGAGGGCAAGUACCCCAUGCGGAGCGACAUGGCCCUGUGGAAGGAGCACCGGGACACCCGGCGCCUGCCCUACGGACCCUUCACUGAGGAAGGGGAGCGCUGGUACCGCCUGCGCCAGGUCCUCAACAAGCGGCUGCUGAAGCCCUCGGAGGCGCUGCUGUACGCGGAUGCCAUCGGGGAGGUGGUGUCAGACCUGAUGGUGCGGCUGCGGGAGGAGCGGAGCCGCAGCCCCUCGGGGGUGCUGGUGGGGGAUGUGGCCAACCUGCUCUACCGCUUUGCCCUGGAAGGCAUCUCUUAUAUCCUCUUCGAGACCCGCAUCGGGUGCCUCAAGCAGCAGGUCCCUGCUGAGACCCAGCGCUUCAUUGACUCCAUCAACCUCAUGUUCAAGAACUCCAUCUUUGCCACUGUCCUGCCCCGAUGGAGCCGCAAGGUGCUGCCCUUCUGGGACCGUUACCUGGACAGCUGGGACACCAUCUUCGCCUUUGGCAAGACAUUGAUUGACCGAAAGAUGGAGGAGCUGGAGGGGCAGGUGGAGCGUGGCAAGGAGGUGUCCGGCUACCUGAGUUACCUGCUGGCCAGUGGCAGACUCAGCCUGGAUGAGGUCUAUGGCAGCGUGGCCGAGUUGCUGCUGGCUGGUGUGGACACGACCUCCAACACGCUGUCCUGGGCUUUGUACCACCUCUCCCGGGACCCAGACAUCCAGGAGACCCUGUACCAGGAGCUGAAAGCUGUUGUGCCUGCCGACCGGUUUCCUGCUGCUGAGGAUAUCCCCAAGUUGCCGAUGCUUCGGGCCAUUAUCAAGGAGACUCUGAGAGUCUACCCUGUGGUGCCCACCAACGCCAGGGUCUUCUAUGAGAAGGACAUUGUUAUCGGAGACUACCUCUUCCCCAAGAAUACCCUGUUUGUCCUGGCACACUAUGCGAUGUCCCAUGAUGAGACCUACUUCCCCGAGCCUGAGCGGUUCCUGCCCCAGCGCUGGCUCCGGGGACACGGCUCCCCUCACCACCCCUUCAGCUCCAUCCCCUUCGGCUACGGGGUUCGUGCAUGCGUCGGACGCCGCAUCGCUGAGCUGGAAAUGCACCUGGCCCUUGCCAGGAUGAUCCAGGCAUUUGAGGUGAGGCCGGACCCCCGUGGCGUAGAAGUGACAUCUGUGUCCCGCAUUGUCCUGGUGGCUGACAAGCCCAUCAACCUGGAAUUCAUCGCUCGCCCAGGAGCCCCCUGACUGCACGUCCACCCUCAACCAAAUGGAGAUCCCCCUUACUGCCCCACAAGGAGGACAGGAAGGCAAACCCCUUCCCUGGCCAGCUUGGGCCAGGGGGCUCACAGCCCCACAGUGGGAAAGGUGGGGGGGGAUGAGAGAUUGCCCCCAAAUCACCCCUGGGCCACUAGUAGCCCCCUGCCCAAAAUCAGCAGAAGGCUUGGGGAACUGCUGUGCCUUUGACACACUGCUGGGGGGUUGUGUCCCCCCCAUCCCAUGCCCAGCUGGUCUGUGUCAGGAACCUGGGAGCUCUUUUGGGGCUGGGGAAAGGAGGGAGGGGGCUUGCAGCCAUUCGGUGUCUCCUUCGUCCUGUCCUUGUGUAGCUGCGCGUGGAUCUGUGCCUGGAGCCAGGACACCUGGGUCCUCUCUGAACAGCUGACUUUGGCCUCAGAAA